AUGAAAAUUCGUUGCGCAUGGAGUCUUUGGAUGCUAGCGUAUCUGAAUCCGGCGGUUCUUGGUAGCAUGAUGCAUCCGGAAGGCGACCAAGAAUUAAAAGAAGUACGGAUGUGUUCAAGGCCUGGGCGUCCCUCCUUCACUGGCGGCGCGGAAUCGACAUCCAUGCGGAGGUCAUCAUUCGCUUCUGAUCCGGCCGACGGUAAGCUUCCGGCGGCCCCCGGUGCAGAACGCCGCGGCAAGGAGGACAUGGCUUUGGAUGGGAUUGAGAUUCCAGAGGAACCGCCAGCGGGCGAAGCGGGACCAACCGGACCUCAUACCCACCACGGGUCGGACGAGCCAGCUGCAGGUCACAGCGCUUCUAGCACAUCCAAAGAUGCGGACAGCAGAAUUGGCGGGCACGAGCUGGGGCCUGCACUGGAAUCCCGUUCUCCAGUACUUGACAUAUCUGGACAUGCCUCGGCUUUGAAAGGACUCCGCUUAGACACAGCGUUGGACGGCGAGAUGUCAAAUAAGGCCCAGAUGAUCGAGCUUCCUAGUCCUCGUCCGCAAAACAAGAAGCUGGAAUCCAAAUUCAAAGAGAGUCAAAGUCAAGCCAGAAGUCGGGUGGUGGUCACUAAACAGACAUCCAUUUCUGAUCUCAAGUCCGAACCAUCUGGUGACCCCUCAGAAAAGGGGAAAGAUGAUCGGCUCUCUGUGAAGGUUGCCAAACGGCGCAAAGCCAUUCUGAAUAAGAGGAAGAAAGGACGUCACAAACGCUUCGUAAAGAUGAAGAAUGCUCUCGAUGAGUCUGCUGAAAAUGUUCCGGUGGACUUCGGAGAAGAAGUCGAUUCAAUGAAAAGGCUUCUGGGCGAUGAGAAUGGCCAAGGUCUUGCUCAUAAUUUGGGCAGAAAAUCUUUGGAAGAAGGGACAGCUAGUACUACUUUCAACACAAUAAGUCAGGUUUUCACAAUUGGGAAAGGUGUUCAAGACAGGAUCUGGGCCUGUGCCUCCAUGCUCUGGGAAGAUGUGCCAGGAAGAGUGAUCAAUGAGGCGGUGCAGAAUGGCAAGGGAUCAAGAUAA